CCUGGGGCCAGAACAUUCCCACAGGCAGAAGCUGAAGUGGAAAUGGCCUUGAACUCUGCGGCUUCCUUCUGCCCUGGUGUGAUUUGGAUCAUGGUCAUUUCCAGAGCAUUGGAAUUAGUUGCUGGUCUGGCCAGCAGAAGUGACAACAUUGGACCCCGCGAGGAGCCUGCAGUUUGCCUUCAGUCUUUGCAGUUUGUGUCUUCCCCCGGAAUCCUGGACAGUAAGGAGCUCAACAGAAUCUGCUGUCUGAAUGGGGGAACCUGCAUGCUGGGGUCGUUCUGUGCCUGCCCCCCCUCCUUCUAUGGACGCAAUUGUGAGCAUGAUGUGUGCAAAGAGAACUGCGGUUCCCUGCGCCAUGGCUCCUGGCUGCCCGGGAAGUGUUCCAUGUGUAAGUGCUGGCAUGGCCAGCUUCGCUGCUUUUCACAGGCAUUUCUACCUGGUUGUGAUGGCCAGGUGAUGGAUGACCACCUCACAGCCUCCAGGACUCCUGGGUUAGCACCGUCUGUGCACACCAUGCUCUUGCUCCCUGGCUUCUGCCUCGUUCUACAAAGCUACCAUAUUUAUGUGCAAUUUUUGUCAGGCAAAUUUUAUGGUCAAUAA